AUGACUAGUGCGGCGGCACUCCAGGGGUCUGCCAUGGCCUUGACAGAAUCGAGUGAGGUCACCUUCAAGGCGACAGGCUCAUUUGAAAAAGAGCCAAUUGCCAUCGUCGGCAUGGCAGCAAAGUUUCCUCAGGAAGCACGAACAGUAGAAGAUCUCUGGAGUUUCCUGUUGCAAGCCCGACAGGCCAUGACAGAUUUUCCUAAAGACAGGAUUAAUCGUCAUGGCCAUUAUCAUCCAGAUGCAGAGCAUGGUGGAACGUUUCACGUCAAAGGAGCGAAUUUCCUCCUGGAUGAUCCAGUAGAUUUUGAUGCACCCUUUUUCAAGGUGACAAAAACAGAGCUAUAUACACUUGAUCCUCAACAGAGACUUGUCAUGGAGAACACAUACCAUGCUCUUGAAAAUGCAGGAAUUCCCAUGAAAGAUGUCACGGGAAGUAAGACGUCAGUGUAUACCACCGGUUUCAAUGUCGACCAUGCCGCUCUUUUGAAUACAGAUCCAGAAACUACGCUUAAAUACAGACCGCAAGGUACUACUAAUUCUAUUAUUGCCGGCCGUGUGAGUUGGUUCUAUGAUCUCAAAGGUCCCUGCAUGACCAUUGAUACUGCCUGUGAAAGCGAUAUGUCUAUUGUUGCUGGCGCGAAUUACCUGGCCAACCCAAUGGAUAUUAUGGGAAUGGCUCAUCACGGUUUCUUGUCUCCAGACGGAAAGUGUUACAGUUUUGACCACCGAGCGAAUGGAUACGCUCGUGGAGAAGGUGUUGGCAGCAUUGUUGUGAAGAGGCUAUCAGAUGCCAUCCGCGAUGGAAAUACAAUCAGGGCUGUCAUUCGUGGCUCUGGUGUAAAUCAAGAUGGUCGAACAGCCGGUAUUACACUCCCUAGUGCCAGUGCACAGGAGGAGCUCAUCCGCAACGUCUAUGCCGCGGCAGGCUUGGACCCUAAAGAUACCAGAAUGCUGGAAGCCCAUGGAACAGGAACGUCAGCUGGAGACCCCAUCGAAGCUAGUGCAGCAGCUAAGAUCUUUGGUCCACAUCGGAGUGCAACUGAUCCUCUGUAUAUUGGUGCCAUCAAAUCAGGCAUUGGUCACUUGGAAGGUGGUGCUGGUGUUGCUGGGGUAAUCAAGUCAGUUCUUGUGCUCGAGUCCGGUAUCAUUCCGCCCAAUGUCAACUUUGAAAAACCGAACCCAAAGGUUCCUGUCAAGAGAUGGAACUUGAAGUUUCCUCUAGACAAUACACCUUGGCCAACCAAGGGAACAAGGAGAAUAUCCGUGAACUCGUUUGGUGUUGGUGGUACGAACGCACAUGUUAUACUGGACGAUGCUUUUAGCUAUUUGACGUCCCGUAACAUCGUUGCGAUUCAUAAUACUGCGGAAUCUGUACCAACUCAAGAUGACAUUCACCAAAGAUUGAAAGUUUUAGAGAAGCCCGCAAUUAAUGAAGAACCGGUACAGAACGGCACAGUGACCGGGGAACCACAAAUAAAUGGUCAUCUAGAAAAUAGACAUGAAUCAAAUGGGGUUCUAGAGGUGAAUGGGCACGGCAAAACCAACGGGAUUGAACCAAAACCGAAGAACAUAAUUUUUCGUUUCAGUGCAUUCGACGAACAAGGUAUACGGCGAAACGCCACAAAGCUGGCAGACUAUUUACAGAAACCUGGCUCUUUUAACGCUGCGGCUGAAUUGGAUUUUCUCGACAGAUUGGCAUUCACGCUUUCCGAGAAGAGAUCAACAUUCCCCUGGAAAUCCUUCUUGGUUUCAAAUUCCGUCAAGGAUCUCUCGGAAAAGCUUACUGGCGAUGAUUCGUUAGCUGUUUUCCGAACUGGUAACAAGCCAAGAAUUGGGUAUGUUUUCACUGGACAGGGUGCUCAGUGGUACAACAUGGGUAAAGAGCUUUUGGAAUAUCCUGUUUACCGCCGAAGUAUGGAAGAAGCAUCGAAUUAUAUGAGGUCAAUUGGAGCAGAGUGGUCGGUCCUCGACGAAUUGCUGAAAUCGCAGGAAGAAUCCAGAGUUAACUCACCGGCGCUAUCACAUCCAUGUUGUGCCGCUCUUCAAAUUGCUCUCGUUGAUCUACUCGCCACUUGGGAUAUCUUCCCUUCCCGUGUUGUAGGCCACUCCUCUGGUGAAAUAGCAGCUGCCUAUGCUGCUGGUAAAAUUGGUAGACACGCAGCCUGGAAAGCUGCAUACUGGCGUGGAGUUGCAUCUGCAAAACCCUUGCAUGUUAAGGGCUCGAUGCUGGCAGUUGGGCUUUCAACAGAAAAUGCCAAAUCAUACAUUGACAGAGUCAACCAGGAAAUCAGUGGUGAACUGGUUAUAGCUUGCCUAAAUAGCCCUAAAAACAACACUAUAUCCGGAGAUGAAGCGAAGAUUGAUGCGCUUAAGGUACUUCUUGAUCAAGAUGAAGUGUUUGCACGGAAACUCAACGUGGCGAAUGCGUACCAUUCAGGUCACAUGAGUUAUGUGGCGACUGACUAUCUUGAGGGAAUGGGUGAUCUAACUACUGAGGCUCCGGACAGUCGAUUUCAAAAUGUGUCGAUGUAUUCAAGCGUUACUGGGGAUCUCGUUACGGAAACAGUCCUUGACGCUACUUAUUGGGUUAAAAAUAUGGUCUCGCCAGUACGAUUUGCUGAUGCAUUGAUUGCUAUGGGAUACAAACGAGAAGACAAGAAGGCUAAGCUUCAGCUUAAUACCGACUCUGAAUAUCUCGUGGAUGUUAUUCUAGAAAUCGGCCCACACGGUGCUAUGAGAAGUGCGAUCAAAGAGACUAUGGCAACCCAAAUUAGAGGAAGUUCUGUGGAGUAUAUGAGCGUUCUCGAUAGAACGGCGCCAGGCACGAAUGUAAUUCUCAAUGCAGUUGGGAAUCUCAGUUCUCGGGGCUUUCCAGUCAAACUUCAAGCCGUCAAUCAGACAACAGGGAAGAAAAGCCCUAAGAUGCUGGUUGAUCUCCCUCCGUAUAGUUUCGAUCAUGCCGAGCGAAUUGUACACGAGAGCAGGCUGAGCCGAAAUUUCCGACUAAGAAAGCAUCCAAGGCAUGAUCUGUUUGGAGCUCCGGUUACUGACUGGAAUGAAGACAAUCCUCGUUGGCGUCAGAUUAUCCGUCUCAGUGAGCUCCCUUGGUUGAGAGAUCAUAUUGUGACGGAAAGUGUGGUUUACCCAGGUGUCGGCUACAUUAUCAUGGCUGUCGAAGCUUGUCGUCAAAUCGCCGACCCAGCUUUGACUAUCACAGGAUUCCGAUUGAAAGACAUUUCGAUCAAACGUGCGUUGAUUGUUCCCGAUUCCAAGGACGGAAUAGAGACGAGUCUCUCCAUUACCAAGAUGGAUGAGGCUAGUAUGCUGCCGUCACAAAUUUGGAAUCGUUUUGCCAUCUCUUCAUAUAACACCGUGGGAGACAAUUGGAUUGAGCAUUGUACUGGAUAUAUCUCUAUUGAGUACGAGGCAAAAAUUAAUCCAAUUGACAACGGCCGUGAAGCCAGCUGCGAGGCCGCCAAAUGGCGCGAGACACUUAAAAAAACUUACGAGCAAUGUCGAUCGCCUAUGGAUAUUAACAGUAUCUAUGACAAUCUCGUUACAACCGGUCUUAACUUUGGUCCCCUUUUCAGAAAUCUAGGGGAUGUGAAGGGAAGUGGUCAAAACCUCGGAGAAAUCGCUGCAACGGUCACGGUUCCUGAUAUGGCCAGAGUAAUGCCCAAGCAAUUUAUGCACCCUCACUUGAUUCAUCCCAGCACUAUGGACAGCAUGUUCCAUCACUUCCUGCUGUCUGUUCUUGAUCUGACCGGCAAAUCCACUUUGGAAUGUGCCAUCGUCCCAGUGUUUGUCAAGGAGGUCUGGCUUUCGGCCAAGAUUCCUUCUACGGCCGGUUCACAGCUGAAAGGCUUUGGAAAAUCGACGAUGAUUGCAUAUGAGAAGUAUGAAUCCGAUAUUAUGAUGUGGGAUAGCUCUGGUGAGGAAGGGUUAGUCUCAAUCAAAGGGCUUCGAGCCACGCCGUUAGAAUCAAAUGUCACAGCAGAUGUGCAAAAACGCAAUCUAUGCCACACCGUUGAAUGGCCCGUUGACGUCGACUUCCUCACACCUGAUCUCUUUUCAAACAUUCCAAGGUCUUCUUCUGAAGCUGAAAAGACAUAUUUGCACAAGAUCAAUCGGAUGCAGUUGGCUGUGAUGUUCAAUGUGACUGAUGCUCUUGACAAGCUCGCAAUAGACUUUGAUCCAAGUGUCUUGGACGGACACAAGCGUCGAUACUAUGAAUGGUUGCUUUACCAGAAAUCAAACUUAGAAAAUGACCAGAUCAUUCAUUUAACCCACAAAGAAUGGGCAGAUAGUGUUCACGAUGAGGAGUUCAAGCAAAGACUUUAUGAAGAGGUCGCAGGGUACAAUGGUGAUGGAGCUCUUGCAAUCCGUAUGGGCGCAAACAUAGUCCCUUUCUUGAAAGGAGAAACAGAUCCAUUGCAAUUGAUGUUCAGUGACGGUAUCCUUGACCGCGUUUAUGAUGAGGUAGUGGCUCUAGGUGACAUACCCGCCCUGCUUAAAGAAUACCUGCGUCAUGUCUAUCGAAACUCUUCGAAUCUUCGUAUUCUAGAAAUUGGUGCAGGAACUGGUGCCUCAACUGCUCCCAUCCUUAACCUCCUUAGUCCUCUAAGUGACGACGACACAUCUUCUAAUCUGACGUCUAGAAUCCUUCAAUACACCUUCACAGACGUCUCAGCUGGAUUUUUUGAGAAGGCUAAGGAAAGAUUCAGUGCCUGGGGUGAUAUCAUCGAGUUUAAGGUGUAUAAUGCGGAAAAGGACCCAGCAAGUCAGGGCCUGGCAGCAGGAACCUAUGACUUUGUUAUCGCCGGAAAUGUCGUUCAUACGACGGCAAGUCUGCGAAAGACCCUAUCCCAGAUCCAUGCAUUACUCAGGCCUGGUGGUAAGCUCUUGAUGCAAGAAGGUGUUCGUCAAAACUUUUUGUACUCACCUGUCGCUUUUGGACAAUUACCCGGUUGGUGGCAAGGCACAGAACCCAGUCGUGCUUGGAGUCCGUGGGUCCCAGCGGCAGAGUGGGAUUCCCAACUUCGAGAAGCCAGCUUCGACGGUAUAUACUUGGAGUUCCCCGAUUGGAAGAAUCCUGAUCUCCAUAACCAAAGUCUCUUUGUUGCCACAGCGAUUGAAGGUUCAAAGAAAUUGAGGGCAGAUGAUCUUGUGAUUGUAACUUCAAACCAGUCAUCACAUGAGCUUGUGCAGGCUGUGGAAGCUGCAGUGAAAAGUCGAAUCGGCGAAGUGACAUGCCGUAUUGUAGACUAUAAAGAUUUACAAUCAGACGUAUCAUUGUCCAAGAGUGUGUGCAUUUGCUUAGUUGAGUUGGAACGGGAGACACUAUCACUCCUUACAGAAGAGGAAUACUUAAAUAUCCGCCAUCUACUAUCAUACGCAGCUGGAGUGCUAUGGGUCACGGGUGACUUUGAACGUGAGCCCACACUAGGAAUGAUAGUGGGUAUGAUGCGGUCUAUUCGCUGGGAACGUGAUGUCGAUGAAGCAAACCUCAUCCCCCUGUCAAUAUCCGAGCCUCGACCUGCGAUCAAUGACAUAAUUCCGCAAAUCAUGCGUGUCUUUGAGAAACAAUUCCUCAGUGGAGCAGCUGGAAGCAAGCAAAAUGCCGAGUACUCAAUGAAAGACGGCGUCAUAUACACGAAUCGUUUAAGAGAUUUAGAUCUGUCGAAUGAUUACCUAAACUCCAAGUUUAUCAGACCGGCGCCAAGAAUGACGCCUUUCGGUGAGGCGGGCAGGCCUGUGAAACUGAGUACAUCUGCUCCAGGUAUGCUCAACAAGAUCGAAUUUGUCACUGAUACCGUAUACAACGAACCUUUGGAAGACCAUCUCGUCGAAAUAGAAGUGAAAGCUGUGGGCUUGAACUUCCGUGAUGUUAUGAUUGCGAUGGGUGAACACAUGGCAUACUCGCUAGGAAAUGAAGCCGCUGGAAUCGUAUCCCGGAUAGGAUCUAGUGUACCAGACUUGAAAGUUGGUGACCGUGUUGUUUAUAUGUGCGGUUUCGAGUCAGUUGGAUGUUUCCAUACCUAUGGGAGAGUGCAGUGGCAGAACGUCGUCAAGAUUCCGGACAGUCUUAGUUUUGAGAUUGCUGCAGGAUUACCCUGUGUCUACUCUACUGUGUUGUAUGGUCUGUAUGACAUUGCUAGACUAUCAGAAGGAGAAACUAUUCUCAUCCAUGCCGCCGCCGGUGGUGUUGGUCAGGCUGCUAUUCACUUGGCCAAGAAUGUUGGUGCAGAAAUAUUUGCCACAGUCUCAUCUCCAGAGAAGAUGGCUUUACUUAUGAACGAAUAUGACAUUCCUGGAGAUCAUAUUUUCUCCAGCCGAGAUCUUAGCUUCGCCAAGGGUAUCAUGAGAAUGACCAAUGGGCGUGGAGUAGACGUCCUGCUAAAUUCCUUGUCUGGAGAAGCUCUUCGCAAAUCUUGGGACAUCAUUGCACCAUUCGGCCGCUUUAUUGAGAUUGGUAAGAAAGAUUCACAGUCUGGUGGUCGAGUCGAACUGGCGCCUUUCCUUCGACAGGCGAUGAUGGCUAGUGUGGAAUUGCCUAUGAUGAUGAAGUAUAAGCCACUUCUUUUCCGACGUCUCAUUGGGCAAACUGUACAGCUCUACACGGAAGGAAAGAUUAAACAAGCAAUGCCCACACAGGUCUUGAGCUACGAUAAGAUUGAAGAGGCGUUGCGUACGCUUCAAUCCGGUAGAGGAAUGGGCAAGAUUGUUCUUGUGCCUUCACCGACAGAUAUAGUUCCUAUUGUUCCUGAGCAGCCAGCAAACUACAAGUUUGACAGUAAUGCGACAUACUUCCUUGCGGGUGGACUGGGCGGUAUUGGUCGUAGCAUUGGGCAAUGGAUGGCUUCCAAGGGCGCGAAACACGUCGUCUUCUUGUCGAGAACUGGAAAGGUGACCGAAUCGGUGCAGAAGAUGAUUGAUGACCUGAACAGCAAGGAUUGUCAAGCUCAUAUCUUUGCUUGCGAUGUCUCCGAUAGUGAGCGCGUUAAGGCCGUGGUCGAGGAGGUUAGGAAGACUCUGCCGCCAAUUAAAGGUUGUGUCCAGGGAUCCAUGGUCCUUAGAGAUGGUAUGUUUGAGAAUAUGUCGUACGACGACUUCCAAACUGCUGUUCUUCCCAAGGUUCAAGGAUCAUGGAAUCUCCACGAAUACCUCCCACGCACAUUGGACUUUUUCGUCAUGUUGUCAUCAGCUACCGGUAUUCUCGGUAAUAGAUCUCAAGCUAACUAUGCUGCUGGAAACACGUAUCAAGACUGCCUUGCACGAUACCGUAUUUCACAAAACUUGCCAGCUACGAGUAUUGAUCUUGGUACCGUCUUGUCGGUUGGCUAUGUGGCUGAGCAUCGUGAAAAUAUGACCACACUAGCCAACGUUCUGGAAGUUAUUCGCGAGGAUGAGAUCCAUACACUUCUUGAAUACGUGAUUGAUCCCCGUUGCAAGCACGAACCAGGUCCAGAGCGCGCCCAGUUAGUUGUCGGACUGACCACAGCAGAAUACCUUCGUCAACGCGGUGUUCCACCACUCUCUUACCUCAGUUAUCCGCUAUUUACGCAUCUCAAUACUACAUCAGUGUCUCACAGGCAUAACAAGGGAGAGGAUCCGGCGCACUUAGCGGUCGUCGCUUUACCGUACGCUACCACCAAGGAAGAAGCAGUUACUAUUGUGCGUGACGGGAUCCGCCACAAACUUGCGUCUUUGCUAGCAAUUCCAGUUGAUAAUAUUGAUUCGAAUAAGAGUGUGAGUAGCAAUGGUGUUGACAGUCUUGUAGCUAUGGAAUUCAGAACGUGGCUAGUGAAGGAUCUAGGAGCGGAGGUGCCUUUGCUUGAGAUUAUGGGAACAGAAAGUUUGGCGACGAUCAGCGAGAAGGCUGCGACUGUCAGUAAAUUGGUGAAACUGCAGUGA